AUGGCUUCAACUUCGAAACAAUACACUUGGGAGGAAAUUGCACAGCAUAACAAGGAGGGGGAUGUGUGGGUUGUCAUAGAUGCUAAGGUCUAUGAUCUCACCAAGUUUGCCAAUAUGCAUCCUGGUGGUCCCAAUGUAAUAUACGCAGAAUCUGUUGCUGGGAAGGAUGCCACGCAAGUAUUCUUUGGUCUGCAUAGACACGAAGUGUUGCUACGUCCACAAUACGCACGUCUUCAAAUCGGUACGGUGCAAGGCGAGACGGAACAGAUCAAAGCCCCCGUUCCGGGGGCGCUGAGCAAAGUACCAUACGGUGAACCAACGUGGCUCAGCCAAGGGUACUUCAGUCCUUACUACUCAGAAAAUCACCGUAAAUUUCAAACUGCUGUGCGAGAGUUCUUUGAGACGGUUGUCAAACCUGAGUCUGUGAGGUGUGAGGAAAGCGGGAAAAGGAUAUCGCAGGAAGUUGUGGACAAAAUGGCUGAAACAAACAUCAUUGCCAUGAGGAUGGGCCCAGGGAAGCAUUUGAAAGGGCGUACUCUGAUGGGCGGAAUAGUAAAACCAGAAGAGUUUGAUUAUUUCCACGAAGGUAUUAUCCAUGCGGAGCUUGCUCGUGUCAGUAGCAGAGCAGUGGUUGACGGUCUUUUGGCGGGUUUGGUUAUUGGUUUACCGCCAAUUCUAAACUAUGGCAAUCCUGAGUUAUACGAUAAAGUUGUAAACGAAACUCUUUCUGGCAAGAAAUUCCUUGCUCUUGCUAUCAGCGAAGCAUUUGCAGGCAGCGAUGUCGGAGGUCUUCAAACCACUGCUGUACGUGAUGGAGAUUACUGGAUUGUCACUGGAACCAAAAAAUGGAUUACAAAUGGGACCUUUGCAGACUAUUUUACAACCGGCUGCAAGACAGAGACCGGAUUCACUGUCAUACUGAUCGAAAGAGGACCUGGGGUGGAGACAAAGCCCAUCAAGACCGCAUAUUCGUCGGUAGCUGGUACAGCUUAUGUGACUUUCAACAAGGUCCGAGUACCUGUUGCCAAUACACUGGGCAAAGUUGGCGCUGGCAUGUCGGUCAUUCUAUCUAAUUUCAACCACGAGCGAUGGAUGGUGUGUGGGACUUCGAUCGCGGCUCAGCGACUGGCUGUCGAAGAAUCUUUGAAGUGGUCAACACAGCGCAUUGUUUUCGGCAAACCUUUGACAUCCCAAGCAGUGAUAAGAGCCAAACUUGCAACCAUGAUUUCUAGAGUAGAAGCAUGUCAGAAUUGGUAUGAAAGCAUAACAUACCAGAUGAACCAGAUGACCUAUGCUCAACAAUCUGAUAAAUUGGCGGGUCCUAUUGGUCUGCUCAAACAAUUCAUCAGCAAAGCAGGGCGCGAGACGGCCGAAGAUGCAACCCAGGUGUUCGGCGGACGGGCACUGACUGUAACUGGAAUGGGUAAAUUCAUCGAGAAUUAUCACAGGACAUCUGGAUUCGAUGCUAUUUUGGCUGGUGCAGAAGAUGUACUAGGUGACCUUGGUGUGCGGCAGGCGUUGAAGAAAAUGCCUCGUGACGCACGACUAUAG